AUGACUGAGUUGCUGCCGGGGAAUCUGCAGGCACAGCUAGAUGAAAUCCACGCGCUGCAUUACAUCUUUUACCCGGCGACGGUACAAUGCCGGGGUGGGAUCGACGAGUCGCUCUUCGCCGAGGACCUCAUGCCUCUGGCGGAGUACGAGGAGCUGCUUUCGCGCGUCACCGUGCGCAGCCGCAUCGAGCUCUACCCCGAGGUGUCGGAAGAGGCGGCGCCGGGCUCGCUGCUGAAGGUCGGUUUCCGCCUUUCGCCGUACACAGGAGACAACUCUGGCGACGUCGACAUCGCGCAGAGCUUCGUGGAGGUGACCUUUCCGACCGAUUACCCCGCUGCGCAGCCCGGCAUCGUGGUGAUGAUGAACAUGUCGCUAUCACCCGCCAGCCGGCAGAGCAUGGUAUCGCAUUUGGACCGGGUCGUGAGGGACACUGAGGAUGGCGUGUGCGUGUUUAACGCGGCGAUGAGCCUGAACGAGCUGCUGGGCGACAUUCACGCCAACCAGUACCAGCUGUGGGACGAGACCACGGGCGUGGCGCUCGACGUCGACCACACGCAGAUCACGCAAGCUACUCUGCCGCUGCCCGAAUCCGUGAUAACAUUCGCUGGCGACCGCCUGCCGCCCGGCAUGGCCGCGUUGGACGCGCCCGUGGAGUUCGCCGAAACGAAGGCGCGGAUCUACCUGAACCCGUCGGACGGGUCUGACACAGAUUCGCCUACCACGUCGGCGCCGUAUAGCCGGUUGACGCUGUCUUACAACGAAAACUCCACUGUUGACCGUGAGAUGUACGCUUCGAGCUUCGACAUAGGCGGCUGGUCCCUGCAGUCCCUGGUGCAGUCGCCACUAUGGUACGAGACCGGCCGAAGGACCGUUGACGACAGCUCGAACGAGCCAUCCAGCCGGUACCGGUUCCAAAUCAACGGCGCGUCACGAGGCGACGACCGUAAUUGGCACCCGCUGACGCGUAAUGAGUCGCUGAACCUCGUGGCUCCGACGAGGUCGCAGCGCACCUGGUCAAACGAGAACGAGUGGCAGACCGAGGGUACUGAUGUGGCCACUGACAAGACGCCCAUCAUGCUCUCUGUGAUGCCGCAGACGCCUUCGGAGAUCGGGGGUGCAGGUGAACCACGGCUGUACGGCAGGGGCGAUUCCGCGCCCCUCGACCCGGAGACCAUGCUGGCAGUGAGCCGGUCCAAGGCGCUGCUCGACUCGCUGGCGUGCACCAACUCCGUGGAGCGCUACUGCGAGGACUUCACCGAGACGAUGACGAUCCUGAACAACGGCUUUUCGAGCUUCGUGAAGGCGCAGCACAUGCUGGACCAGAACCUCUACAUGGUGCGCACGUACGUGCUGCCCAGCUACUGCAUCCUCGACACGCAGCGGAGCAAGUUCGACGUGAACGACGACAUCGAGAGGUUCAGUCUGCGCAGGAAGGUGUUGAUCCAGCAGCUGGUGUCGUCGGUGGCGCUGCUGGCGCGUCUGCAGCACAACAGCAUUGCGCGCUACUACCAGUGCUGGGUGGAGAAGGUGCAGCUGUUCGAGGUGAUAUCGCAGCUGAUGCGUCGCGCCGAGGCGCUGCUGGAUGGCCGGCUGACGUUUACCAGCGUGGAUGAAAGCGACGACCACCUUUCACUGCGGCAGUCGACGCAGCUGCUGCUGCUCAACUCCACCAGGUGCGGCGACGAGGGCGUGUCCGACUUUUUGCUGAGCGAGGCCGUGACGCGGCGUCGCAUGUACAUCCAGAUGGAGCACUGCGACGGCACCAGCCUCGACCAGGUGAUCCAGCACGACGCGCUCUACCAGAACUCGCAACGCAUCUGGACCUUCACCCGGCACCUGCUGGACGUGCUCGCGUACCUCCACAGCAACAACGCGUACCACCAGGCGCUGUCGCUGCAGAACAUCAUCGUGUACACCGACGCGUCCGGCACUGGGUUGAAGGUGUGCGAAUUCGGCCUGGCGCGGCUGCUGCGCGAGUUCUGCUACUCCGGGUUCUUCUGCCAGCACCCGCAAUGCACGUGCCGGGAUUACGCCAGGCAGCUGCGCAAGGAGCUCUUCGCCUACCACCCGUCGACGUUCGGCGUCGGUCCUGCCAUAAACUUCGACGACCUGUCGGCUCUGCAGGGCACCUCUGACUACGACGCGCAGCAAGAGGACAUGUUCGCGCUGGGCGUGCUCAUCUUCCGCAUGUGGCACCCGCCGAUCGAGGAGCGGCUCUUCAAGGACGUGUUCACGAACAUCAUCACCACGCAGAAGUUCCCCAAGUACUUUCUGCACUCGACGCCGCCCAUCAUCGUCAGCACGAUCAUGCGGCUGGUGAGUGCCGACCGGCGCCCGACUGCCGUGGAGCUGCUGCGGGAGACGCUGGUGCCCCCGGUGAUGGACGGCGACCUUUACCGGCAGUACCUGCGUCGUCUGCAGAACCCUCUGUCGGAGGAAGCGGUGGACGCGCUGAAGUUCUUCUUCCGUCGUGGCUGGAAGAGCGACUUGACCAUGUUGCGAACGGACGUGCCUCUGGAGUCACUGUCGACGCUGUCGUUUCUCAUUGAGGGUCUGGAGUCCUUCAUGCGCCGUCGCUCCAUCGUGGUCGGCCCGACGUCAGUGCUGUACCCGCUGGCCCCGGAGACGAAGGGCGAGGCCAGCGUGGUGGUUCUCGACGACUGCAACACCGUGCUGAGUCUGCCUCGGAGUUUGGUGCGCUCGCUGCAGGAGACGCUGCGCCGCGCGCCGCGCAACGGUCACAACCUCUAUCUGAAGCGGUUCACCGUCGGCGAGGUGUUCGACGGCAGCUCCUGCAAGUUGUCGGCAGUCCUCAGUUGCAGUCUGAGCUUCGACGUGGACAUGAUGCCGUACCAGCCCUCUCGCGUGACGAAGCGCUCGGCUGUGCAACCGCACGUGCUGGGCCUGCCGGAGCUGCGGCUUCUGGCGAUGGAAUGCGACCUGCUGCGCAACACCGUGGACUCCCUGGAGUCCUUGGGGUUGUGGUCGUCGGUCGUGCUUGCGCUGCACUUCCCGCCGCUGGUCAUCGACUUCCUGGCGUUCGUGUUCGGGACCAACGUCGAGGUGGCGCACGACAUCUACACGGGCAUCUCCACGGUGGACGUGAACCAAUACACGCUAUGGAAGCUGUUCGUCCAGUGCAGCGGCUCGGACGCACCUGGUAAAAACGACGAGGAGCGGUUGGAACGCAUAGCGUGCCUCCUUCGUCGCCGGUGGCCUGUUCCCGUCGCGCUCAAGCGCAUGCACGCCUUGGUUAGGGACUCGAUACGCGGCACCGCGAGCCCGUACGAGCGCGCCUUCAGGAAACUCGACGCCGACAUCACCCGUCGGCUACCGGUCGGCUACGAUGGCACUUCGGAUGGAGAUAGGGUCCUGGGUAGCGGCAUUGGCUCCAAGAGUUCGGAAUCUCUGUCUAGCGACGCUCAGGAGCCCUCCGGGGCGCUGCACCAGCUGCAGGAGCAGUACCUGCGCCGCAUGGGGCACAUGGUGGAGAUGGCGAGAAUGCUGAACACCCUGGGCAGCCUGGAGCCCUUUUGCAUGGAGUUCAUCCCCGAGUCUAACGUCAUGGAGCUUUGUGAAGGCGCUAUCGAUUUCCCGUCAUUCGGGUGCUACGUGGUGUCCGACCACUCGGAGGCGCUGGCGGUGGUGGGGGGCACCGUCGUGGGCGAGUCCGGCGCCGUGCAGUGCUACGCGGAGUACCUCAUGCAAACCCUGUGGUCCUCCCUCGACACCAAGGUUGUGAACACGAACCACGUGGACUCGAUCCACCCCGACCACCUGGACGCCGUGAUCACGUGCCAGAGCACCCGGUUGCUGCCGGCUGCGUGCUCGCUUGCGUGCCGGCUGAUCGACGCCGGCAUCAGCUGCGAGUGCCGCGCGUUGCCGCUGAUCCACACCGACCACUUCCACGAGCGGCUGCGUCAAACUGGCGCCGUGAAGUUCAGGAUCCACCUGCAGCGCACCGGGUCGGCCUCCCCCUCCUCGGUGGAGCCGUGCAGCAUCACCCACCGAUCGGACCCUGCGCUGACGGAACGGUCUGCGGAAGACGAGGACAACGGAGAGGUGCUAUCGGAACAGCGGAAUCUGGACCCGUCGAUGUCCCACGCGCGCGGCUGGAGCCGGGCGGAGGCCCACGCAUCUGGCCGCCGCAGCGAUCGUAGCGCAACGUCUCCGUCCCCGGACGGGGACUCCAGCCUGGAGCCCGAUUCCUCCUCACGCCGGCUGAUGACGUCGGCUUCGUCAGACAACGACGACGAGCGCCAUUUCACGGGGGUGUCGUUCCAGGUGGAGCCGCUGCGUGACUGCUACGGCCAGCCCCGCAAAAUCGACAGCAGCGCAACGCUGGUUCGCUACGUGAAAUCGCUGCUUGCGCGCGAGCACUAG